AUGCGGCAAACACCAACACCUCUCGUAACCGACUCCGCUCCCCAGCCAGCCGAGGCGAAUUUACCAACAGAGACACAUCAGACAGCCGAGGAAAAUGCGCCAACCGAAGCCACUCCUCCCACAGACUUACUCGAGCCUGGUAGGACGGUAACUCCGUCCGACGUGGCAAUGGACCCUGCCUAG